UUGCACAUUAAAUAGAUUGCUGCAAUGGAGAAUAGAAAAUUAGUUGAUUAUGGAUUAAAUCCUAAAGUGGCAAAAGAACUUUGUGUGCUGUUUGAAUCAGGAAAAGUAUCUCCUCAAGAAUUAGAUAACAAAGCUCUAGAUGCCCUGAAAGAAUGUAAUGUGAAUGAAGCUGUCACAAUAAUUAAGAAAUAUUCAGAGUCAUUUGACAGAACUGAUGUCAAAAACAAAAGUGGUUACUUAUGUGGUAUGAUUAAAUCACAGAAACAAAGACAGAAACAAGCUUCUCAAGGUCAAGCAAUGCCUAGAAAUCAAGGUCCAGCAAUGCCCAGAAAUCAAGGUCCAGCAAUGCCUAGAAAUCAGGCACCUGUCUAUGAACAGUCACAUACAGAACAGGUGGAUUGA